AGCUUUCGGCUCUCAGAUUGGAGGGUGCUACAACUUGAGGUUCAGCCUUGAGCCCGUCACCAUGGGAGGAUGCGCAGGAAAGAACGCCGAUGCCCCUAAGCCGGGAGGAAAGGCGUCCACCAUGCCGAAGAAGGAGAUCAAGGAGGGUGGCAUCGGUCACGCACAGUUCAUCAUCGAGAACACUGGAAAGAUCACGGACUACUACACCUUGGACAAGAAGAAGCUCGGGGAGGGCUCUUAUGGCUCCGUGUGCAAGGCCACCAACAUCUCCACCAAGGCCAUCCGCGCGGUGAAGACCAUCUCCAAGAGCCAGAUGAAGAACCUGGAGCGCUUCAAGCAGGAGAUCGCCAUCAUGAAGAUGAUGGACCACCCCAACAUCAUCAAGCUCUUCGAGUCUUUCGAAGACCACAGGAACAUCUACUUGGUCAUGGAGCUUUGCUCCGGCGGCGAGCUCUUCGACCGCAUCAUCGAGUCCGGUCACUUCUCGGAGGUCCAGGCGGCCAUCCUCAUGCAGCAGAUCAUCCGCGCCAUCUACUACAUGCACGAGAACCACGUGUGCCACCGCGACCUGAAACCUGAGAACUUCCUGUUCAUGACCAAGGAUCCCAUCGAGAAGAAUUUCCUGAAGAUCAUCGACUUCGGCCUCUCCUGCAAGUUCAUCCCGGCCAAGCCGUUGUCCACCAAAGCCGGCACGCCCUACUACGUGGCCCCGCAGGUCCUGGCCGGGAACUACGACCAGCUCAGCGACUUGUGGAGCUGCGGCGUCAUCAUGUACGUGCUCCUGUGCGGUUACCCGCCUUUCUUCGGGGACACGGACUCGGAGGUGCUCGCCAAGGUGCGCCUGGGCAACUUCAGCUUCAACCCCGCGGACUGGAAGAACGUCUCGGAGGACGCCAAGACGCUGAUCCGCCACCUGCUGAAGAUGAACCCCAAGGACCGGUACACGGCAGAGCAGGCGCUGAACCACGAGUGGAUCAAGAACAAGGCGCCGAAAGCCUCCAGCGUGGCGCUGCAGUCCAACUUUGUGGACAACUUGCGGGGCUUCCGGUCCCAGAACAAGCUCAAGAAGGCGGCCCUGCACAUCAUCGCGGGCCAGCUUAAUGAGGACCAGAUCAAGGCCCUGCGCGAUACCUUCAUGGGCCUGGACAAGAACGGCGAUGGCCUGCUGACCCCGGCCGAGCUCAAGGAAGGCCUCCAGAAGGCCGGUUUGAAGGAGAUCCCUCCGGAUCUGCAGCAGAUCAUGGAGGACGUGGACGCGGACGGCAGCGGCGUCAUCGACUACACCGAGUUCCUGGCUGCGACCCUGGACAGGCGCCAGUACAUUCAGGAGGACGUCUGCUGGUCCGCCUUCAGAGUCUUCGACCGGAACGGCGACGGCAAGAUCUCGCAGGAUGAGCUGAAGAUGGUGCUCAGCAACGAUCAGGCUGUGGAGGACACCCUGGGCCACGGCAUGAUCAUGGAGCUCCUGAAGGAGGUGGACGGCAAUGGCGACGGCGUCAUCGACUUCCAGGAGUUCAUGCAGAUGAUGCGAGGGGCCGGCGUGAAGCCGGGUAUGGGGGCGGCCAACCAGCCGCUCGCGUGAGAGAGGCCAAAAAGAGCACCACGGGGAACAGAGCUGGAGGGGCGAUCGAUGCGCUGCGCCUGCCCUGU